CGAUUGGAAGUCACCACCAGGGAAGGAGUGGCUUGGCAAAAUGAAAACAAAAAAUGCGUAUUUCUAAGCCAUAAAAUAGAAGGGAGAGAAAAAGAGAGCGAGGGAAAGAAUGGGGAGGGAAAGGAGGUGAAGCGAAGGAAGAAGGCUGCACUUUCCAAGAAUUAAAAAAAAAAAAAAAACUCAGGGAAUUUGCAGAGAAGAGGACUGUAUCCAAGAUGCUGAUCGAAGGAUUCCUGCUUUGUGCCCUCUUGGUCUUCACUUUCCAAUUUCUACAGUUGCAACGGGCACGUAGUCGCCUUCCCCCUGGUCCGGCUCCCCUUCCCAUCCUUGGCAAUUUAUGGCUCCUGGACUUUGCUCUGAAACGAGAGCCGUUGAUGAAGUUAAGAAGCAUCUAUGGAAAUAUCUACACCAUUUGGCUGGGGACAGAGCCAUUGGUUGUGCUGAAUGGCUACAAGGCUGUGAAGGAAGGACUCGUCACUUACUCAGAGGAGACCUUGGGAAGGCCAUUGACCCCUUUGUUUAAGGACCUGAUGGGCGACAAAGGUGUUUUUAUGUCCACUGGCCCCAUCUGGAAACAGCAGAAGCGCUUUGUCAUGAUGGCACUGCGAAAUCUGGGUGUGGGAAAGAAGAUCUUGGAGAACCGGAUCCAGGAGGAGGCGCAGCAUCUUCUGAAGGUGUUCAAGAGCAAGAAAGGUUUGCCCUUUGACCCCCGAACUCCUUUAUUCAAAGCGGUCUCAAACAUCAUAUGCAACUUUAUGUUCGGUCAUCGCUUUUCCGAAGAGGAUGCCCAGUUCAACAAAUUAUUAAAAACCAUCCAGAUGAUUGUCUACAUUGCUGGCAACGUCUGGGGCAGAGCCUACGACUCUUUCCCCGCGAUUAUGCAGAAAUUUCCGAAGCCUUACCGGGAGUUGUUUGAACACAACGAGUUCAUGCACAAUUUGGUCAAGGACAAGGUGCAGAGUCACAAGGAGAGAUGGGAAGAAGGCAACGAACCACAGGAUCUGAUUGACUUCUAUCUGAAGUUCAUAUCCAAGAGCACAGAGGACUCCGAUUCCUUUUUCUGUGAGGACAACAUGGUUCAGAUUAUUGUCGACCUGUUGAUUGGGGGAGCAGAGACCAGCACGACCACGUUGUACUGGGGCCUUCUCUAUUUGCUGAAAUAUCCAGAUGUGCAAGAAAAAAUCCACCAUGAAAUAGAUGCCAUUCUGGGGCCUUCUCAAAUCAUCACUUAUGAGGAUCGGAACAGAUUACCCUACACGAACGCUGUGCUACAUGAAAUUGUUCGCUACAGCAACGUUACAAUCACUGGGCCCUUACGGAAAUGCCUGAAGGACAUCGUUAUCAUGGGAUUCCCAAUUGGAAAGGGAACCCUUUUGCUGCCCAAUGCCCAUUCUGUGCUGUAUGACUCAGAGUGCUGGGAGACACCUUGGAAAUUCAAUCCGGAGCAUUUCCUUGAUUCCGAAGGCAAUUUUGUGAACAAUGAAGCUUACUUGCCAUUCUCAGCAGGACGACGUGCAUGUGUGGGGGAGUCCUUGGCCAGAAUUGAGCUCUUCAUUUUCUUCACCAACCUUCUCCGUUCAUUCAAAUACCAGCUCCCACCCGAAGUAAAGGACGUCAGCUUUGAGGAUAUCACAGGGGUAACCCGCCAGCCCCUCCCGUAUAAACUCUGUGCUUUACCACGCGAAGCCGCCUGAUGCCUUUUUCCUUCCGGGAACACUUGACGGAGCAAGGAAGAAAGAAGUUUUUAAGUAGAGUGUCUGUGGAGGUUCCUUUAAAAAGAGAUUGAACGGCCAUUUGUCUGAGUAGGGGGUUGGACUCCAAAGUCCCUUCCAACACUGCUUGUCUGCUAUUCUGCCUGCUUUCUGCUCUAAAUGUUAUCCACUUGCCAUGCAAAUGUCCCCAAUACAGACCAGAAAUCACACAAUUUUAAAAAAAAAAACUUGUUUUCUUUCA